CUACCCAACAAAGACAAAAAGUAACUGUCUUCCUCUUAAUCUUCCAUCUUUUGUACUUACGAGUUUCAGAUGUUAGAUCUGGGAAACAUGUCUAUGUCUGCAUCUGUGGCUCUCACUUGUUGCCCUUCUUUUCUUCCGGCGGCUUCAGGCCCGGAAUUAGCCAAAUCUAUCGAUUCCCCGAAAAAUCUAGUCGGAGAAUGCAAUGGGAAACAUUUACCGAUGAUUCCACCGGAGGAAGAAGUCAGAGACAUUAAAACUGCUAAUGGAGUCACUGCUUUUACUGGGAAACAGAAUACGUCUGACAGAGUCAAGAAAGGGUUGAUUUUGGAAGAUCAUGUGAAGGAUUGGGUCAAGAGAAGAGUGGCUUCUGGUGUUUCAGAGACGAGAUGUUUCCUCCCUUUUCUUGUUGGUGCCAAGAAAAUGGUUGAUUGUCUUGUUUGCCAUAAGCCGGUGUACCCGGGGGAAGAAUUAUCGUGUUCUGUUCGCGGCUGCCAAGGCGCUUAUCACUCGCUUUGUGCGAAAGAAAGUCUCGGUUUUUCUAAGUCAAGCAAAUUUAGAUGCCCUCAACAUGACUGUUUUGUCUGCAAGCAAAGAACACAAUGGCGAGCAGUUUGUUGGAGGCAUCCAACUAAUUGGCGGCUAGACACAAAGCAUGCAGUUGCGCAGAGUGAGAUGGAGGUCAGUGUUUCUUUGCCACGUACCAAUGUGACUGAAAUUAGAUUCUGUGUGAAAGAUGAUCCGCCUCCUUAUGUGCACAUUAGACGCAAUAUUUACUUUGUGAAGAAAAAGCGUGAUAAUGCUAAUGAUGGUGUUGGGUGCACAAAUUGUGGCCCUACUUGCUGUAGAAGCUGUGUUUGCCGGGUUCAAUGCAUAAGCUGUUCAAAAGGAUGCGGAUGUCCUGAAACUUGUGGAAACAGACCAUUCCGCAAAGAGAAAAAGAUCAAAAUUGUUAAGACUGAACAUUGCGGUUGGGGAGUAGAGGCAGCAGAUCAAUCAACAAAGAGGACUUCAUUGUCGAAUACAUUGGUGAAGUGAUUAGUGAUGCUCAAUGUGAGCAAAGGCUUUGGGAUAUGAAACACAAAGGCAUGAAAGACUUUUACAUGUGUGAGAUUCAGAAAGACUUCACGAUUGAUGCCACCUUCAAAGGGAACGCCUCUCGGUUUCUGAAUCACAGUUGCAGCCCAACUGGUUUAUUGGAAAGUGGUAAAGCAUACAUUGUUCAUAUAAAUUAUGUCGAUGAUG